AUGAAAGUAGGAUUGUUAAUUCAAUUAAGAAAAAUUAAAAACUAAACAUAAUAUUUAUUGCUACUUUUAAUAAUCACAGCCAAUACAAUUACAUAUACAGAAAUAAACUUAUUGUUUUAUUAACUUUUUAAUCCUUUUUCUAAUCAUACCAAUACUCUUUUUAUAGUAACUAAUUAAUAUAUUAUUAAAGAAAUUGUGUCUAAACAAAUUUCAUAUAAAAUAUUCAGAUUUUGUUACCCUUCUUAUAUUAUUUUGAGAUUAUUCUCAAUUGUUUUUAUUAACUUUGAUUAUACAAUAUUAGAAAGCAUUAUAAUUAUUUUAGUUUUUGUAUUUGCUAUUUUGGGUGAUGAAUAAUCUAUUAUCUCAGCAAAAAUUCGUUUGUCUUUACAAUUAAAUGAUGAAGAUUAAACAGAUAGAUAUAUGCAUUCUUUAAAAUAAUCAAAAUUUAAAAAUAUUAGAUAAAAUGGAUCAAGUCAUUAAUUUUUUAAUGAAUAAUCUAGAGAAAAGGAUAAAAUGAGAAGUCCAAGUAUACUUUCCAAUAAAAAUUAAUCAUAUAAUGAUUUACUUUCAAUAGUGAAAAAAAAAGAAUCAAUUGAUAUUGAUAAAUCUGAAUCUCAAUACCUAAUAUCAAAAUAUAAAAUAUUGCAAUUAAUUCCAGAUGGUAUAAUUAUUUUAAAUAAAUCAUAAAAACUACAUUUUGUGAAUAAAAAAUGCUUAAAGUUGUUAUAAUGCAAGAAUGAAGAAUUAAUACUGCCAAAACUUAAAGAUUGUUUAAGAAAUUAAUUUAUAAAUUUGGAUAAUUCCUAAUAACCUUAAUAGAGUUAAAAUAACAGAAAAAUCGAAAUGAAUCAAUAAACCUUAGAAGAAAUAAUAAAAAAAGCUCAAUAGAAUAAAGUUUAAUUAGAUAUUUUUGAUGUUCUUCUAAAUCAAACUAAAUAUUUAAUGAAAUAUAUUCAUCUUCAGGGAAGUUAAGAUGGAGAAAAAAGUAGUAUUGAAGAAUCUCCAGUAUCACAAAACUAUUAAAAUUAAUUUAGUUUUAAUCUUUCUUUAGAAUCUAAUAAAUCUUUGAAACUUAAAAUAAUUCAAAUUAAUAUGAUAAAUUAAUUAAUAGAUUCCUUUAUUCAAAAUGAUGUUUAAAUGUUUGGAGAUUAAAUAAAUCAACCUAUAUUGUUACUUAUAUUAAAAGAUGUCACUUACAAACAUAAAUUCUCAAAAGUUGAACUUAAAAAUUAAUAAUUUUGUAGACUUAUUAAAAAACAAUUAUUUUAAUUGCGAACACCUCUUAAUUUAAAUUAAUAAUAUUUAAGGAUUGUUAAUGACAAUUAGAAGGAAGAAUAAGAAAUUUCAGAAUAAUUAGAUUUGCUUAAAUGUUCAACUUCAUUGUUAUAAUAUUCAAUGAAUAAUAUUUUGGAUUUUUUAUCAUAUCAACUUAAUGAAUUCGCUUAUUUUUUUUGUAGAUUUUCAAUCAAUGAAUUAAUAAGUGAGAUAGAAUAAGUGUUUAUUCCAUAUAUAUUUUAAAAGAAGAUAUAAUUUUAAAUUAGAAUUUAAUCAAGUUUAUCUGAAAAAUAUGUAAAUUCUGAUAAAUUAAGAAUUAUAUAAGUUUUGCUAAAUAUUCUUAAUCAUCAAUGUAAUAAUAUUAUAUAAGGUGGAGAGAUUAAUCUUACUUUUCAAGCUCUGGAUGAUUUUACAAUAUAAGUAGUUGUUGAAAACAAUUCUAUACAAACCAAUCGUAAGAAAUAAUUUUCGUUUAACUAAAUAAUGUUGAAAAAUCAAGACAGUGAUAGUUGUAAUGAUAUAAUUACACAUCCAGAACUAGGUUUUGGAUUAAGUUUAGCAGCAAGAUUAACAACUGGAUUUGUUGAAGAAAAUAAUAAUAAUUUCGAAAUUUUAUCUAAUUCUAUUGAUGGUAGCAGUAUAUGCUUUUUAAUUUAAGAUCAAAUGUUAUAAAAGGAGUAGGAGUAAACUAGAAAUUAAUCAAAUACAGGUCGUUUUCUGGCUAGAAACAAAUCUUAAUAAUAAGAAGAUAACUUUAUUAUAAAAAAAUAUUGUUAUUAGGAUAAUACUAAUCAAUAUGAGAAUUCAGAAAAAUUUGUAUAAAAAUCUGAAGGUAUUAAAUCAUAUGAAAGUCCAAAUAUAGUUGAGGAUUUCAGUGAACGCAUAAUUAUACCUUAAUCUAACUAUUUUUAAUUCAAAUCUAUAGAAAGUCCUGGAUAAUUGAUAAUUAAUAAAACAUUUUCUUUUAAAGUAUCCACUUUAUAAUUACAUGAAUGCAAUACUACAUGCAAAAAGAUAUUAAUAGUUGAGGAUUAGAUUUUUAAUUAAAUAGCUUUAAAAGCAAUUUUAGGUCAUUUUGCAAUUUAAUGUGAUUAGGCAUAUGAUGGUUAUUAGGCAAUAUAAAGAGUAAAAGAAAAACUUUAAACUACUUGUUAAUUCUAUGAUAUCAUUUUUAUGGACAUAGAAUUACCAGGAUUGAAUGGAUUUGAAACUUCGAAAGAAGUAAGUUAAAUUGAAUAAAUAUUUAGAUAAUUUCAAUGGGAUGCAAGAAGACAGCUAUUGUGAUAUGUUCAGCUUACGAUACAAAGGAUAAUUUAAUGUAAUUUGAUCAUUCUGGGUUAUGCGAUUAUUUACAAAAACCAAUACUUUAAAUUGAACUACUCUAAAUUCUCAAAAAAUAUUAAUUAGUUAAAUGAUUAUUGUUUUAUUAUGUCUAAUUACAUUCGGUAAUUCAAUUGAGAUAUAUGUAAAUACGAUAAGACCCAAAGAUAAUCCUUCAGAGACAUAUACAUAUUAUUAAUUACCAUAUUGUAAACCAAAUGAAGUAGGAGAAGUGAUUGAAACUUUGGGAUAAUCAUUAUCUGGUGAUUAGUAGAUGACAUCUGUAUAUAAGUUUAUUUCAACAGAGAAGAUAGAAAAUAAAUAAGUAUGUUAAAAAAAUGUAACUAAAGUGGAAAUAUAGUAAUGGAUAAAUGCUAUAGAUCAAGAUUACAUAGUGGAAUUUUAUGUUGGUGAUUUUAUGAUGCAUGAUGUAGUGGGAAUAUUCAAUGGGCAAUAUUAUCUAAAGAAUAGAAUCACAUUUAAUUUAUAUGUAUUGAAAGAUAACACAUUAAUGUAUGCUAAUAUAACAAAAAGUGAUGGAGAUUUUAUAUCAAUAAAUUCAUAAGAUGAUGGGAUAGAAAUUGCAUUUUAUUUUACUGUAUAAAUAAAAUAGUAUAAUGAAUUGAUGAAUUCUCAUGAUCAUAGUGUUAAAUGGCAUUUAUUAAUAUUUAAAAGCAUAAUUAUUUUCAUUUUAGCCAUCAUAGUCACUCAAGUAUUGAAGAGAUCAAUAUUGAGUGAUUAUAAUAAUAUUCCAGAUGAAGAAAAUGAAAUAGAACCAUAAGGAUGGAAAACUAUUAAGAUAGAAUCAUUAAUGCCUCCAACUAAUCGUAUAGUGUUUUCUGCUUUACUUGGAACAGGAAUACAUUUUUUAAUAACAAUUUUAAUAUUGUUUAUUUUGGGAUCUUUUUCGUUAUUUGAAACUCAUAAGGGAUCAAUAAAAUCAGCAGGAAUAAUCAUAUACAGUUUUGGCGGAUGUAAGUAGAUUAAUGAUUCAAUAUUAUAGCAAUUAAUGGUUACUAUUGUGGGAAGUUUUAUAAAUUUUUUGGAGGAAAGAGUUGGCUAUUAAAUUUAUUUAUAACAGCAGUACUUUUUCCUGCAUCUGCAAUUUCAAUUCUAUUUUUAAUAGAUGUACUUUCCUAUUUAUUUGGUACAACAUCUACUUUCUCAUUUACAGCAUUAUUUUCUGUAGGAUUUAUUCUUACUCUGGUAUACCUGCCAUUAACACUAAUAGGAGGAGUCUCAGGUAGGUUAAGAACAAUAGAUGAAUAGUUUGAAAAAAGAUUGAAGAAGAAACUUUUAAUUUCAAAUUAUUACUUUCUCACUAAAGGAUGUUUAUAUGCAAUCAUACCUUUUAUGUAUAUAUAAUUAAUAUAUUUAUAGAUCAAUAAUAAUGGAAUUAUAUUACAUCUUAGAAAGUACAUGGAGUGAUCAACUAUUUGAAUAGUACACAUUAUUAAUCUUUUCUUAUAUUCAAUUAUUGAUUAUUGUUGGUUGUUUAUCUAUCAUCUAAACUUAUCAAUAGUUGAAUUAAGGUAAUUACAAUUGGUAAUGGAUAUCAUUUCUUAAUGGAGGAUAAUGUAUUAUUUACAUAUUUGGAUUUAUUUUUUGCUAUUAUUAUUUUGUUAACAUGCAUGGAUUCUUCUAGUUUUUAUUCUAUUUUUCAGAAAGCAUCUUGGCAUGUUUUGUUUUAUGGCUCAUGUUGGGAUUUGUGAGUUAUUGGACAUCAUUAAAAUUUGUGAUUUAUAUUUAUUCAUAAAAUAAAUUCUAAUGA